UUCUCUGCUGCGAUGCCUCGGGCAGCGAGCACGCCGACCCGACGAGGCAGCAAACAAGACUCUGGACAGAUAAAAUUUGCUCGAACUGCCGCGUCAGUCCGAGCUGCCCGAUUUGCCGACAGUGAGACAACACCACCCACAACAGACAAUGCACCGUGGCGACACGUCGAUGAGCUCGAAUACUUGACCACAGGAUGGAGCGACAUGCAGCUUAUAAAAUACGUUGCCGCGAGUGCAUUCACGAUUGGACCACGACCAGAUCACAGCGCUGAAGCUUUCUUCCCCGUCUCCCUUCGCGCCUAUCCGGACCUUGACGAAAUUAUGCUCCCGCGACAAUACCGCUCGCCGCUGCUCUGGCUUGGACGAUAUCUAUUCACCAGUGUCCGCCUCAUUCUUCUCGCCGAUCCACAAAUUCUCAGUCAAGAAUGGGACCGAUCCAAAUACGAGCUUCUUUACAUUGCCCGCCUGUGUCGUACCCUUCUUGAGUCGGCAAGGGUUCAUGCAGAGAGUUCGGGGCUCGACAAAACGUGGAGGUGUCCGCCAUUCGACAGAGCGUUGCGCAGGUAUUGGCACAAAUGGCUCAUACAGAGGGAUGAGUUUGUGCGUGACUUCUGGUAUGACUUUGGGGAGGAAGAGUUUGAAGGCCCUGAUGUUCUCAAACUGAAUUGGGGCCAAUGGAUCCUCAAAGGCGAAGCGGGUUUCUUCAUAACCAGGGCAGAAGCUGCGGACGGCAUCACCGCAGACCAGUUCCUGGACGGUUUGGCCAUCGACGAGGCCGCAGACUCUUUUGAGUGGUGUGCUGGUUGUGUACCAGGAUCAAGAGUUAGUUUAGAUAUCGCCUCAAAUUUUUCAACUGCGCCUCCCCCGCCGACAUCGCAUUCAAACGUAGCCUCCACAUCUGCCGCGACACGACUUCCUCUUCCCGGCGAGGUCCGUCGGCAACAGCUCAAAGAGCUCGGUCACGACAAUUUAAGAAUCAAGACUGAGGCAAUCUCCAACACUGAACCGCUGGCCCAAUCCAAAGAACCUCAACCAGCGAACCACACAAUAUCCGCAAAUGCUUACCCCUCACCUCCAACCGAUAUUGACUCGUCAAGGGAGACAAGCGCUGUUGCUCAUGGCACAGUUGUCACAGACGCCAUGGACAUCGAUCCACCUCAAGACCCACCUUCCCUGCCUACAGUCAUUCCCAUUGUAGCACCCACAGCAAACAGUUUCAGGACCGCCAUGGGCAGUCUUGCCCCUGGUCGCUCUUUCAACCGAAUACCAAUAGUAAUCAGUGACGACGAAGUCAACGAUAAUGUAAUCCACGCAAGUCAGCCCGUCUUCAAAAAUGAACCUACCGAGCCCUCUAUACCUCUACAAUCUGCUCACCAACCAAUGGAUAUGAUACUUCUUGACGAUUACGACGAUGAAGGACUGGAACUUGGUUAUCCAGACGAUGAAGAGCCGCGUGUUGACUUGCAAGUUCCAACCUUUUCGAGUGCAAGUCGAAAUUCAAGCGGCUCUCCUCCCCCAAUCACAAGCACUACCGCCGCUGGACCUAGUCGCCAGAGCAGUCCCGUGCCAAGCCCCCUGUUUAUUCCCAACGCCUUUGACGACAUAGAAACGGAUAGCCCCGACGACGAUGAUGUCGAACGAUACACUCUUUCAAGAGCACGAUUUCAGUUCCCCCCAAUUGCCCCUCCAGCAGGCUGGUCGGGCCCACUGGAAGAAGAAGAAGGUUUCCAAUCCAACGCUGCAGAACCCAAGCAUUGGAUCGACGCACACCCUGUAGUGAUUCAAUUACGAGCUGAGCUGCUUGCAUUGAAGACUCGCAUAGGCGAACUUGAGGCGGAGCUGUCAGCUUCCCGAGGAGGGCCGCAAUAG